GACUGCGACUGCGCACUGGGGUAUGAUGGGAAACACUGUCAGAAAGAGUGUGGGAAUUACUGCUUAAACACUGUCACUGAAUCUAUUGAGAUUCCUCAGUUCACUGGACGCAGCUAUCUGACUUAUGACAACAGAGAUAUUCUCAAAAGGUAUCGGGGUCCAGGACAAACAUGUUUAUGCGUUUUAAGAGCACGUCCAAAGAUGGUCUUUUACUAUGGCGAGGGGAAAGUCCAAUGAGAGCCAAUAGUGACUAUCUGUCUUUGGGCCUUAAAGGUGGAGCGCUCAUUUUCAGUUAUAAUCUUGGCAAUGGAGCUGCCAAUGUGGUAGUAAAUGGAACCUUUAAUGACGGCAGGUGGCACAGAGUAAAAGCCGUCAGGGAUGGACAGUUUGGUAAACUCACCGUUGAUGAUUAUGGAGCUAAAACAGCCAGAUCUCCAGGGAAAAUGAGACAGUUAAACAUCAACAGAGACCUUUACAUUGGUGGGAUGAAGGAGAUCGCGCUGCACACAAACAGGCAGUACAUGCGUGGUUUAGUGGGAUGCAUUUCACAUUUCACUCUUGCCACUGACUAUCAUCUGUCUCUGGUGGGUGAUGCAGCUGACGGCAAAAAUAUCAACACCUGCACCAACUGAACACCUGCAUGAAAUAAAACACCAGCUACAGAUGACAAAAAAUUCACCUCAAAUUGACAACGGCCAAAGGGAAAUCGAUCAUCAAUAUAUACAUGCACAAAAAAGAUACAACUACUUUUAAAGACAUCAAUACUGGUUCCAAAACCACCUACAGUUAGAAAAAAAGAAAAAUACUUACUAACACCUGCAAUAACAGCGAAGCAGUCAUAGCUGAGGCCAUUUUUGUUUUAGCCUCAGCCUUGUCAGUAAAUAGCCCAAAUUAUUCGCUGAAACUAACUCUUUUAAGUUCUGAGAGGCUGGUUAAGCUUAGAGUAUCAUUUUCAAUACAGGUCAGUCACUGAGACGUAGAACUAACUUUAAGACUUGGUGGUUUGAUCCUAAUGCAAGAGUUUAAUUUUUAAGCAUACCGGUAGAUUAAAAAACACACCUUGGCUCCAUAUCUAUAAAGCUCUAUGGCUCUUACUGUAUG